AUGAAGUACAUCCUCGUGUCCGGCGGUGUCAUCUCUGGCAUCGGCAAGGGCGUCAUCGCCUCGUCGACCGGCCUGCUCCUCAAGACGCUCGGCUUCAACGUGACGGCCAUCAAGAUCGACCCGUACAUGAACAUCGACGCCGGCACCAUGUCGCCCACCGAGCACGGUGAGGUCUUUGUCCUCGACGACGGCGGCGAGGCCGACCUCGACCUCGGCAACUACGAGCGCUACCUCAACGUCACGCUCGGCCGCGACAACAACAUCACGACGGGCAAGAUCUACCGCGAGGUCAUCGAGAAGGAGCGGAGGGGCGACUACCUCGGCAAGACGGUCCAGGUCAUCCCGCACGUCACCGACGCCAUCCAGGACUGGGUCGAGCGCGUCGCCCGUAUCCCGGUCGACGAGUCGGACCAGGAGCCCGACGUCUGCAUCAUCGAGCUCGGCGGCACCGUCGGCGACAUCGAGUCGGCGCCGUUCGUCGAGGCCAUGCGCCAGUUCCAGUUCCGCGUCGGCAAGGACAACUUUGCGCUCCUCCACGUCUCGCUCGUGCCGUCGAUCAACGGCGAGCUCAAGACCAAGCCGACCCAGGCGUCCAUCCGGGACCUGCGCGGCCUCGGACUCGUGCCCGACCUCAUUGCGUGCCGCUGCCCGCACGCCCUCCCGCCGCCCGUCACGUCCAAGAUCUCGAUGUUCUGCCACGUCGCCAACGAGCAGGUCCUCGCCGUGCACGACGUCUCGUCCCUGUACCACGUCCCGCUCCUCCUCAAGAACCAGGGCCUCGUCGGCUUCCUCCAGAACCGCCUCCGCCUCGACCAGACUGCGCCGAGCGAGAGCCGCCAGGCGCGCGGCAGCAAGCUCUUGACCAUGUGGAAGGAGUUGACCAUCUCGUACGACCGCCUGUUCGACACGGUCUCGAUCUGCCUCGUCGGCAAGUACACGUCGCUCCAGGACUCGUACACGUCGGUCGUCAAGUCGCUCGAGCACGCGUCGAUGCAGUGCGGCCGCAAGCUCCAGAUCACGUGGGUCGAGGCGUCCGACCUCGAGCCCGAGGCGCAGCACGAGCGCCCGCAAGAGUUCCACGCCGCGUGGCAGGCUGUCUGCACCGCCAACGGUAUCCUCGUCCCCGGCGGGUUCGGCCUGCGCGGCACCGAGGGCAUGAUCGCGGCGGCCAAGUGGGCGCGCGAGAAGAACAUUCCGUACCUCGGCAUCUGCCUCGGGUUCCAGGUCGCCACGAUCGAGUUUGCGCGCAACGUCCUCGGCCUCAAGGACGCCCACUCUGCCGAGCUCGUCGACACGACGCCGGACCCCGUCAUCAUCUUCAUGCCCGAGAUCUCCAAGACGCACCUCGGCGGCACGAUGCGCCUCGGCUUGCGGCCGACCGUGUUCCAGCGCGACACCGAGUGGAGCAAGGUGCGCCAGCUGUACGGCAACGGCGAGGUCAUCUGGGAGCGCCACCGCCACCGCUACGAGGUCAACCCGGCGUACGUCGACCGCAUCGAGGCCAAGGGGUUCAAGUUCACCGGGCGCGACGAGCGCGGCGAGCGCAUGCAGGUCGCCGAGAUCAAGGACCACAAGUACUUUGUCGGCCUCCAGGCGCACCCCGAGUUCUGCACGCGCCCGCUCAACCCGUCGCCGGCCUUCCUCGGCUUCAUCGCCGCGUCGUGCGGCGUCCUCGACGAGCAGAUCCAGCGCCAGGCCAGCUACGAGCCUCCUGUGCGUCCCGCGUCCCUCCGUCCAGCUCGGACUCCUGGGUGA